AAGCACUGCGGCACACUGCGUUUUUUUUUGUGGCUGCCAUGCUAGUGUGUGUGCGUUGUUUUUUUUAGGGAGAGAACGGAAGAUAGGAGGGCGCACGUCCAAGGGGAACGAGGGAGGGACCUACACGAGAGCACAGAGGGGGAGGGAAGAUCAUUUCCUUUCUGUAGUGUACACGCCGCAAGAAUACACCGGGAUAAGGACGAAAAAAAACAUAGGGAAGACGGUAAAGGAAAUACCGCAGCCCCGUUGUCUUUUGUUUUGGGAAUUCAUCUUACACAGAACGGAAGACUAACAUGGGGAGAUGGUUCUUCAGGAUUGACUUUCAAUAACCUUCUCUCCAUGCGAAAAAGUCUGGCGAGUAGACUGAAAAAGGCAAUAGCAGUCAGGGAAGACAUGUUUAGUGAUUUUAGUCCUGCGCUUGAGGUAGGAUGUUGAUGUAUUUUCGUAAAAUAGUUCUGUCUCUGGCACAAAUAUGGGGUCAACGGUGAAUGGGCAUAUUAUUCCAGGCACAGUAUCAUUAUUAAGUAGUGUAGUUAAUUACGUAGGUUAAUAAAACGAUGAAAUAGCCUAGGCCUUCUGCAGACUGAAUAUUGCUGUAACGUUACAUGACAAACGUUAGUAGGCUAGGCCUAAACACAAGGCUAUGAACCGGUGAAAAUUAACGUUAACUAAUUUUGUAUAUAAUUUAUUUGUACCUGCAUCGUAUCAAUGGCAGUAAGGGCAACACAUUUUACAUUUUAAAUUAAAAAAUAGUUAUUAGUUAUAUCGAAUUUCUUGAUCAGAUUAUACACAUCUGAUCAUCUUUAAUAUCAAGGGUUGUAUAACAGUGGAUACAUAGGGACAGACUAUAUAAAACCCCAAUCGGUUUCUUACAAACAUAAUUUUGACCACAGAAAAGAGUUCGACAGAGGCCAAGGUAGAAAGGAUAGGUGAAAAUUCUAUCACUAGACCGGGAACAUCAGGCGUUUUUAAAUGUUAAUGUCGACCGACGUAACAUCAAUCAUACUGCCUGUAUCUCGGGCUAUCAUGGACCGGGAUCGAGAGCUCCAGGACACAAUGGCCGGGGUGCAUCCCAACUCGACCGGGGCUUCUGGCGCAGCUGUCCGGGGAAUGAAGCGAGGAGACCCAGGAUCUGACGUGCAGACGUCGGCAGCUCUUGUGGAAUCGGCCGGGGCAGAGUGCAAGCGUCCCCGAAUUGACGGAUCUGGAGUAGUCGCAGAGGUCGGCCAGAACAAUGACCCCCUGACCCUUGGUUACCAUGGAUACCCAACCCACAGUCAGGGCUCUCAGGAUGCAGCAGGUGGUCAAGAGGGUCUCGUCCCCCCAUCCUUCUCCGCCUUCCCCCCUCCUCCCCCUCCGCCCCCCCAGAACGGCUUGGCCCUGGAGUACGGGGCCAGUCUGUACGCCGCAGGGGCCAUCCAGGGGUCGGUGGAGGCCGGACAGGCAGGCCUUAACACCCCGACAAGCGUCCCAAACAGCUUAACGACCCACUCAGAUGUGUCGUCACAGAUUGAUACCCAGUUGGUGGUUACAGGAGGAGGUGGUGGCGGGGGGUCCGUAGGGGACGACUCAGAGAAGGGGACCCCCAAACGCCUCCACGUCUCCAACAUUCCCUUCCGCUUCAGAGACCCUGACCUCCGGCAGAUGUUUGGGCAAUUUGGAAAGAUCCUCGACGUAGAGAUCAUAUUCAACGAGAGAGGAUCGAAGGGUUUUGGCUUUGUGACGUUUGAGACGAGCGUGGACGCUGAGAAGGCCAGAGCCGCUCUCCACGGAACUCUGGUGGAAGGACGCAAGGUUGAGGUCAACAACGCCACAGCCAGGGUGAUGACCAAUAAGAAAAUGGUCACCCCAUAUUCUAAUGGAGGAGAGGGGCUCGCCGCUCUACCUUAUGGGCUACUAAAUGCCAACUCCCCUACAGCCGGGUGGAAGUUGAGUCCAAUGGUUGGAGCCAUGUACAGUCCAGAGCUCUAUACGGUGGCUACGCUGCGUAUCGCUAUGCUCAGCCGACUGCAGUAGCCGGUCCUGCAGGAGCAGCGGCUGCCGCAGCAGCUGCCUACAGUGAUGGCUACGGACGGGUGUACACGACAGACCCUUACCACGCUGCACUAAACCCUGCCACAGCUGCAGCCUACGGUGUAGGAGCUAUGGCCACACUGUACAGGGGAGGCUACAGUAGAUUUGCCCCCUACUAAAGAUAACCACAUUUCCCAGGAGCUCUCUCAUCCUGUUUGAACAAUCUAUAAAAGAGCUCCCUCUGCUGUCCAGGAUGGAGAUGGCAACACUUUGACGCAAGUUUGUAGCCUACCAUGGAAACAUUUAUAUUUCAAAAUCUCCUGCUGUCCACUCUUUUUCGCUUCAAACAAAACUAGGAAUGCCGUUUUAAAGACUGGUAGAAAGCCUUGACAAAGAAAAGAAAAUAGAAAAAAACGUGUAUUUGAACCAAAUGGCCGCUUGUUUCCAUUGCACAGCUGUAUUAUAGUCCCCCUGUUUCUCCCUCUCGACACUCUCAGCAGCACAAGACACAGAACGGUCGCCCCCAGCUAGUGUACCUCCAGAGCCUAUCAUGUAACUGGUGUCCGGACCGUUAACUGAACACUGAGACAAACCCCCUACCGCACGUAUAACAGCCAAGGUGUAAUGUGGCAUGUACUAUACACAAUUCAUACAUCAAGAAUGGAGGUGGAGCCUAGUUAUGCUAGUGUCUGCAUGUCUGUGGAGCCUGAAUGAGCGAGAAACCACAGCAACCGAGCGCCAAAAGCAUUUUGGAACAGAAAGACAAUUUGCAAACAAAAUGGAGGAGGUGACUCCGUGUUUCCUCUUGUGGGGUGAAGGAGUAUGAGAGAGGACAUGACAUCAUCAUUGCAGAGAGAGAGAGGGAUGGACUGAUGUUUUUUUAACACUAUUAGAAAUUACUCACUUCAAACUGAGCAGUAAAAGGAUUAUCAUAGCUGUUCCUUACCUCAAAGUUUUCUUAGUCCGUGAAAAUGGCGAACCUUUAAAAUUUUAAUUGUUACAAUUAUGCAAAUAAAUUAGUUUAGAGAGAGAAAAAAAAAGUUACCAAAUUAUUAUUAUUAUUAUUGCUGAUUUAUAGCGUUGUCUUUAUUACGUUAUUAUUGUUAGUUUCAGUGGUUCUCUGAGCACACCUCUACACACAUUUUCCACUUCCCUAGAAACGAGGUCUAGGGGCUAGGACUACAGUGUAGAUAAUAUCUGUAAGCCAUUCACUACAGUGGGCAACACUACACGUCCCCUCUACAUAACACAAUAUUAUACCAAACUAAACUUUCAGUGCACAACAUCAUAUUCUCACAAUACUUCAUGCUAUACACAAAUCACUCAGAACUAUAUAAUAUUUCAUCACUACUAUAGAGGUACCGGAUAGCUUUUUAUUGCAUUGUGAAUGUUAGGCUGAGACAUAUAUCACUGAUAUCAUUGAAACAACCAGAACCUAGUGUCCUAGAAUAAACUUAUUCAGUUAUAUUUCUUUGAGAAGUUAUGAUAGAGAGGUAUUAUUUGGCUAUAUGAUUGAUUUCCCUAACUUGUUCUGUCUUUUAGAAGAGCAGGUAAACAUCAAGUACAGUCUUCCUGAGAAUAGCUACGUUGGUAAUAGAUAGUGAGAUUCUGUCAACAGGCGUUGAAAGAGGGACACCAUCAAUAUGAAAAAUAUUUAAUGCAAAAUACCAUACUAUUGUGCAUAUUUCUAUAUCCUUAUACUCUAUUUCCAAAUGUGGUUGUUUUUGCCUCUUUUUUUUGCUCCAAAGAUUUGUAGAAAAGCACACUUUUAGUCAUGUGUAUGAUAAAUAUAUUAUCCUUAUGGUGGUUAUUAUUAUAAGUGCUGUCUUUUUAUUUGUUGCAUUAGCUCUUGUUAUAUUUUUUUCUAUUGGUAAAUGUUGUUGUUCCUCCUAAAGUAAGGUGACAUUUUCAUUUCCUCCAUCAAGAUAAGUUGAAAUGUGAUGUUCUUUUCCCCUCCUGUGUUGUUUUCUUGGGCAGAGGGGAAUGGACUUUUUGGUAGUUUCAACGAGGGAGGGAACCAUAGAGGUAUGCCACUAUGACAUCAGCCUAUCUAGUGUUCUAUAUCUACGGAGCGAACAAAACGGGAAAGCAUGUAAAACUAAACUACCAAACUCAUUUUCUCAAUGGAAGAAACGGGACUUUUUGGUCCAGACUGAAAUAGGGUGAUGGGGGUUGGCAAGCAUUGGAUUGAGUAUUUCUCCCCCCCCCCCAAAAAAAAUAGGGAAAGGCUGAAAUGUUCAGGCCUCACAAUUUAUUCCAAGUCCAAAGUUUACAGCAGACAAGAAUACGUUGGAAUGAAUAGUGGCCUGACAAGCACUUCUUCUGCCCUGGUGAAGUAACCUAGUCGCUCUGUCGUAGACAAAGACUCCUAACAUUUCAGUGCUGAAAUUAGUCGGUUGAGGUUUAAAACGAAUGUGAAGAGCGUCACGCUCGCGUGCUGUCUAGGUUAAAGGGCAUGCAGUUUUGAAUGAUCCAAGUAUACAAAAGGUUGUAAGUGUUAUUGUUUGGUUGGUACAAUGGUAAAUGUUUCAAAGCAGUUUUACAAAGAAAAUGUUAUGUGGGGCAUGAACUAAUUACUAUGAAACAAUAUUUCAAAAUGCUGCAGUCAUUGUUUAUUUUAAAAUGUUUGCUCUAUUUUUCAUUUUAUCUUCGGUUUUCUGGCUGUACCACUCUUCUCAGUGUGAACUUAAUCUAAGACAUCAACAGGGGUCAAACUCUUCUUCUCUGGUCAUUUGACUUUAUUAUCAUGUAUUGCAAAAGUGGACUGAAAUAUGAAUAACUGAAAAGAUACAGCCAAAGAUAGUUAUUUAUGCCCUAUUUCUUUUGUUACCAAAUUGAGAAACGCAGAGCAAAGUGGAUAAAUGAUUGACAACCUAUUGAACCAAUCAACAUGGGCAACUAGCAUGAUGUCGUUCUCCAGGAAGUAGAGUUUGAGACCCCUGACCUAAAUGUUUUGCAUGAUUUUUCUGUCUUUUGCGAUCAGACUCCAACAGCAUUCGGUUGCAGUAGUCAUCUUUUACCACUAAACCCAAUUGAGAAUGCUAGGCAGCUAGCCCUUUUUAUGCUUAGGGUGCUAGUGUAGCAAUGAAGAGCACAGUGCUGUUUGUCAAAAACUCAGGCCCAGUGGGCAAAAAAAAAAUGGCCGCCACAACGAGGCAAGAACACAAUGGCAACGUUCUAAUUUCCAUACCAGCAUAUUACUUCGAAUUCAUACCUUGAUACAGUGCUACAUACUAAGUAGUAUAUUUGUGUGGAUAUUGGAACAGAGCCAUGGAGUAGGCUCAUUCCUUGUCAUUUUUUUUUGGCUCCUUGUAUUAUAUUAUACAGUGAGGUGGUUCUUCUUAAUCACUAUAGGUUUCAAACUUUCAAAUGGAAGUGACUGUCCUUUUAUGAAUCUCUUCCCCUCUGUCAUGUUUAUCCCUUGGCUGCCAUUAUGCUAUUUUGUUAGUGAAUGUCCAUAUAAAAUCUUUUAUAUAAAAUC